AUGACCACCAUUUGUUUAGAGCACAAAUUCCAACUUCAACCCUCCCACCAACUUCUCUCCCUCAAGAAAUCCCUCAGGGACAUUGAUAUCCCUCCAAGGAAGCUCCUCAGCCGCCGCUCAGCCCUCCUUCACGACGGCGCCGGCGAUAUUUUUUCCGACGACACCCUCCUCCACAAAUACCUUCCCCACAGCAAAUCCAUGGAUUCCGAUGACUCUGAUGACAAUGGAGACCCUUAUGCCUCUGAUGAAUUCCGCAUGUUCGAGUUCAAGGUCCGGCGCUGCACUCGCAGCCGGAGCCAUGACUGGACAGAUUGUCCCUUUGCACAUCCCGGCGAGAAGGCUCGCCGCCGCGACCCUCGCCGGUUUCAUUACUCUGGGACUGUCUGUCCAGAAUAUCGCCGCGGGCAGUGUAGUCGUGGCGAUGCAUGUGAGUUCUCUCAUGGGGUGUUCGAGUGCUGGCUACAUCCUUCUAGGUAUAGAACUGAGGCUUGCAAGGAUGGGAAGAAUUGCAAGCGAAAAGUUUGCUUUUUCGCUCACACCCCUCGCCAACUCAGGGUUUUGCCUCCCCAAGACAAUAUCAAGAAGAAAAAGGGCACCGAUAUGAGCCCUCAUAAUACUAACCAUUGCUGUUUUUUUUGUCAUUGUUCAUCCACUUGUUCACCAACUUCUACUUUGUUUGGCAUGUCUCAUUUUUCUCCUCCUUUAUCCCCCUCUUCCUCUCCCUCCUCCCCUUCCCCUUCUAGGUUUGAGACUAGCCACCAUCAUGGUGUUGUGAGCUACAAGGAUGUGUUCUCUGAGCUUAUGUGCUCCAUGGAGGGUUUGAAUUUCGGUGAGGCUUCAUCUGUGUCUGCUUCUAAGCCUCACAGUCUGUCUUGGCUUGAUGUCCCUGAGGAUCAUAAACAGUUCAACACUCAUUCACCGACCAUCACUGCUACUUAUGGAAGCUUUUCCAAGAAUGGGAAUGGAAGAUUUUUGAGGGAAGAAAGUGGGGUUGCUGAUGAUGUCAUUGCCCCAGAUCUCGCGUGGGUGAAUGACUUGCUGAUGUAG